CUCCAAUUUGGGCUUCAUGCGCCACUGAGCAACUCUCAUAGAAAUGAACGGUGUAUCCAGUUGUCGUUAUACAUCCAUGGUGCACACCACUUAUUUAGCUACAAAGCUAAGCUAACCUUAGCUUUCGCUUAGCGGGCUGCAUUCACGUUACUGGGCGUGGAAAGUAGAGACAGGUGUUGUCGCUGCCUGCCCACCUUUCAUUGCACAUGUGCCUCGCAACGUAUGAGUAACCGUCUCGGUGUGUUAUGAAUGUGUCGUGAAGAAAUUGUGUGUUACACCUAUGCAGGGAUCGAAUGAAGGCAGAGACGACGAGGCGCCGGGACUUUAAACAUGUGUCGAGCCCGGACUCAGCUGUGCUUCUGCACCGAGCCUCUCCGGAGACCAACACACCCAUGAAAACCAGAUCCUGCUCUAAAUGGACUACCCCGACUGAUUUAUAGUUUUCCUGAGACACAACUGAUAACUUUGCAACAAUGUCUGUCUCCACGGUUUUGGCAAAGGCGCUGUUCGACAACGCGGCAGAGAGCCCGGAGGAGCUGGCUUUCCGGAAGGGCGACAUACUGAUGGUUCUUGAACAGGAGCAGGGUGGUGGGCCGGGUUGGUGGCUCUGCUCCCUGCAUGGCCGACAGGGCAUUGUCCCUGCCAACCGCCUCCGUCUCCUCCAGACCGCCCCACCACCGGGCUCUGAUCCCCGUCGAGGCUCCACUGAGGACUCUGUUUACCUUUCCCCUGUCCCCCCACUGGCUCGCUCUGCUGUCAGCAGCAGUGCAGAGGACUUAGACGGAGUGUAUCGCUCCCCUCCAUGCGCGGGUGAGAGCCGAGUGGCUGCCUCGAGGCCGGGGGAGCUCCGCAGGGUCGAGGCAGGGCGCCCGCGCUCACAAUCCAGCUCUGGCACCCGGCCCAGACCUGACUGGGAUUUAGGGAUCGGGGGACGUCCGCGCUCACCCUCCCUCAGAGGACGAGGCACGGAAACAUCAGGAGCACUUUAUCAGUCUCCAGUCAGUCCCAUGCCUUCUGCAGCUCUCAUGGAUUCAGAGUCCGUGUACCUCGCCCCCACAGGACUUCCAAGGGCUGCUGAUGAACCAGAGGACACUACAUAUCUAUUUCCAAGAGAAACACUAACCACAGAACACUCAGACGACUGUUACUUGGUGCCUAAAGGUACGCCGCUUGCAGGGGAAGAUGUUUACCAAUCUCCAACUGGAGGGAUUUUAGCCACUGCUUUUUGCUCGAAUGGCUCAAACGGAACACCCGGUACCCCCCACUCUAAAGCAAGCCAGGGCUCACCUGAGAUGUACCAAACACCCACCGCUGUUGGAGCAUGCCUCCACAGGACACAAGCCACAGUUUUGGCCCAUCAGCACCCAUCUCCAGUAUCCCCUGCCCAAGCAUCUCCCAGACCUUUGCUAAAGGGAGUUUUACCCAACCCAGCUGCAGCCAGGGGUAAACCCGGCCUGGGGUGUCACCGGGGGUCUCCUAUGCUGAUCAGAGCAGGGCAGGUCAGGGUUCUUGGAUCGCCAAAUUUCACCCGCAAACCCCCUCCACCAGCACCUCCAGUGAGGGGAGUCACCAGGAAAGAUUCAGCAUCGUCAGCAGAUACUAACUCACCCAAACCCACCGCUCAGGUCACUCCUGCAAGCCUGCAGCAAGAGGAGGACAAACAGAGGGGGAUUCCUCAGAGCAAGGAGGAGAGGAUGAGUAACGGGCUGGAGAAAAGCAACAACAUGCAGAACAAAAAAGGAGAACAUCAGGAUUCAGAUGCUGUGGACGAUCAGAUAUAUGAUACCCCUCCCAGCGGCAGGUGGCAGCGUCAAGUGCCAUCUUCUAUUGGUGAUGAGGACGACAAUGGGAUCUAUGACACCCCCCGCUGUCUCCCAUCGCUAGGGGAUUCUGAGAAUGAGGUCUAUGAUGUCCCCUCCAUCACUCUGAAUGUCUCUGACUUCCAGCCUGAUGAAGCUGAUGACGAUGUCUACAGUGUCCCCACGCUUCCUGGUGUCCCUCUGGGCCCGGGAGACUCCACCCUCAGUCACUCCGGAGACGACGUAGGACAGAUCUACCGUGUCCCCGGCCCGGAGAAACGAGCCAGCAGCGGCUAUCAGAACCGGGACUCUUGUGAGCCCGACUGUGGCAUCUACGACAUGCCUGCAUUGACUACCGAACUCCUCGCUCACUCUCUGUCGUCCUCGUCCACCUCCACCCGCCGCCUCUCUGUCUCGAGUAACGGAUCGGGGGACAUGCAGUGGAGGGUCACGCUUUCCAACCUCGUCCACUCUGUGCUGAGCUCCGCCUCCACGCUGUCGUCACGGGACCUGGCCACCUCGCUGGCUGAGAUCCUCUCCACCUGGAAAGCGUGUCUCUCCGACGACCCCCCCCCCCCUUUCCAGCAGACGUGGGCUCGCCUCUCCGACCUCCUGCCGUCGCUAUCCGCCAUCGGCAGCGCCCCUCCGUCCGAGGGGCUGCUGACGCUGGUCCAGCGCUCCCUGGAGGAGAGCGCCCUCCUCCUGCAGGCUCAGGGUCGACCACGUUUGCCUUCCCAGGACUCCCUGUCCCGCAGGCCGCUGCCCGCGCUCCCAGUGCCUGAUGGGAAGUCUUCAGGAGGCGGGAUGGGCUCGCGUAAAGGAAGCUGGAUCCAGGAGAGGCCUCUUCCCCCAACCCCUCAGCCUGCCUUCCCCUUGGCCCCCACUCAGUCCACGGUGACGCUGACGGUGGGCCCCUCUGAUGGAGAAGACGACCCCAGCAAUGAGUACGCAGGGAUCGGCUUAACUCCCAUGCCGGCCCCUGUUCCCACAGGGGACAGUGUGGGAUACGUCAAACUGCAGGGCAAACCUGAGCCACUUCCUGAUGUCCUGGGUGACUGCAGACACAUAACAGCAGACCCAACAUUGACCCCGUCCCCCCCCCUCCCGUUGUCCCUCUCUCUGGAGGACUCGGAGCUGCUGUCCUUCUACUCGUCUCAGAGCCUGGCGCACCUCUCCUGCCUGGCGGACGCCAUCGACGUGCUCUUCAGCAGCGUGCAGGGGAACCAGCCGCCCCGCAUCUUCGUGGCCAGAGGGAAGAGUCUCAUCGUCACGGCGCACAAGCUGGUUUUUAUCGGGGACACGCUCUCCCGCCUUCUCAGCUCUGCAGACCUCCGCGCCAAGAUCACAACCUCAGGGGGACGGCUCUGUCAGGCCUUGAAGACGGUUGUCGUGGCCACAAAGGGAGCUGCACAAAACUACCCUUCAGUGCCCGCCACGCAGGAAAUGGUGGACCGGGUCGCUGAGCUUUCCCAGCAGGCAGCUGGCUUCUCCACGCUGCUGCAGCGGCUGGCGGAAAUAUCUUCAUGAUAUUCCGUAUCGCUCUCGUAAAAGAAAACUUUGUUUACACUACACAUAUUUUUUCCCUCUUUGAAAAUGCCUUAUUUGUUGUCGGACUCUUUCAUUACCUUAUCUUUUUUUCGGUUUAAGUGGGAUUGAAGCAAGCGAAGGAAUAUGCUUUCUGGUUGCUGAGGGUUGUGAGUGUUGGUCCUGUCCUUCAAGUGUGUGUCGGUUUGCCUUUUGUUGAUACACUGACCUCCGUGCUUUGAAGCCAGGCACACUUGUGUUUUUGAGUGUUAACUUAUUGAAUAUUUGAAGGCUCUCCGUGGCUUUGAGUGUCUGUGUGGACUGUUUAUCUUGGGAGCUUUGCUUUAUUGUGUUUGCCAUAUUUUCUUCCCUUCACAUGAUAGCCAUUUUCCUUCCUUCCUCUAUUUAUUCAGCCAUCCCCCCUCUUCCACAAAUAGCACAGAACGAGGCCUUGCAUCCUGUUUCUGGUCUACUUUUUUUACUGUUAACCUGAACGGCCUUUUGUGAUGAUCAUUCUGAAGCUGUUGGAAGCAGCGUAUCGAGUGUUUCGGGCUUAUUAUGGAAGACAUGGAAUAGGCUGUGGAGUAGGAAGUCUGCCUCGCCUCCACUGAUUCCGUGCUAGUGUGUUGUGUUUGUGAAGUACCCAUAUCCACAUCAAGGCAAAGAUCAGUACAGCUUGUAAUGCACUCAAUAAGAUACAAAUCCCUCAAUACAUUUUCUGUUUACGUUAAGACAUUUAAAAUCCUGAAAAUAUUUGAGCGGAUAAGAGUGAGUAAUGAUGGUUCGGUGAGAAAAGGCCUAAUGCUGUUCUUUCCCACGGUCACAUGGCAGCCUGGCAAUGGAAGAGAAACCAGUUGACCAAGCUAACCUGUCUGCACACGCCUUGUUAUGAUCUGCAUGCUCACCUCUCUGCUUUUCAUGCUCAUUUCCCAUAAGAUGCUCGUCAUCCCUGUCAACAGUGCUUUCUCACAUCUAAUCGUUUCAAGUCAGGUGGAAACUAAGGCUGGGUAUGAUGCAUAUAUAAUUCAUUAUAUAUACAUCUUUAACCAUAUCGCCCAGCUGAGGAAGCACAGCACACUUUAUUUUAUUAAUAAGGGGGAUUUAUUUGCAUUUUAAAUACAAAACACUUACCUGUUUUCCAUCUCAGACUAUUGUACUUCAGUCUGACCUCUGACCCUAAACAUUCAUACCGUAUUAUUAUGUUGGUGUGCACACAAGCAGAAGCUGUGAUGGAUCAUAAAGCUGACUGGAAGGUACGAUGCUUAUCAUAUUUACACUACACAUCUCAACUCUACAAAGGUGCUCUUGAUGAUAAUACUUCUGUAACCUCAGUCAUAUUGCUUAACCUUUUUUCAGAUCCAAAUCAGUAUCAAUGCAUAAUUACUUUCUCAGUUGUGUGGAUCAGUUUAAAUUAUUCUUUCUUUUUUGCAUCUUCUCUGCUGCAGUGCCACCUUGUGGAGGUUUGAAGUAUUGCUUGAUGAAACCCUGCCUGCCAAAACAGGCUCUAAAAAACUGUAUGUUUGAAGAGAGCAAGUAACCUUUAGCAGUAUAUUUAUUACUGUCAAAUCUUAUGUUAUUUGCGUUCAGUUUGCAUGGCUUUAAUUUGCUUACAUUUUAUAUAUGCACAUCCUUUUACCAUGGGGUGAUUUUACUGGGUCAUUUACAACGAACAAAAUGUUUUUUCCCAGAUAAAUGUUACAUUACAGUUCCAAGGUAUGGCUGUAUUUUCUUUUGUACGAGGACGUUUUUUUUUUACACUAUGUGAACUCAUUUGAGUCCGUAUUUACUGAAGUAUAAAAGUGAAUAUUUGACUUUUCUCCUACAGUAAUACGCCUCUUUACUUUUAACACUACAUUUGAUGUCUGUCUUGUAUUACUGUUCAGAAUGCACAAAUACAUCUUUUGCAAUUAAAAUGUGUUCGGAUUAUUCAU